AACAUAUGCCUAUCGCCGCUAUGGCCGGGGCAUGCUGGCCAAAUACUAUAUCAAUAGACAAAUGAUGCCUUUGAGGCAGUCUCGACGGACAACAGAAACUCACAUCUUGUUCUGAUCCAUACUUUACCACCAAAGUCCACCAUGUGCUCUGCUGCCAACCCCAGCGAGGCUGCGGCCUAUCCGCCUUCCAAGACUGCACUCGUACUCCUCGACUAUCACAACCUUCUCUUUACGCGUAUUCAGGGAGACACCAGAAGCAAACUGACCUCGUCGGUCAAAGCCUUGUCCAAAGCAGCCAGAGACAACGGCGUGCCGAUCAUCCACGGACUCAUUGGCUUCAAGGGCCUGCCCGCGGAGACGAGCAAGCUCCGCGCCAGAUUGGAGGAAGGCAUCCAGUCAAUGGUCGAAAAAGAGCCGCAGCUCGCCGAGGAGUUUGGCGAGUUUGCUUCGGGAGGCGAUUCCGAUAAUGAAAUCACAGUCUAUCGAACCGGGACUGUUUCUGCUCUGAGGUCGGAAGGCAUUCACGAGUUCCUCAAGAGUAAGGGUGUGCAGAGCCUGAUCAUCGGUGGGAUUUCGACCACGGGUACUGUCUUGAGCACGGCAAGGGAGGCGACUGAUUCGGGCUACGUUGUUACGGUUGCGAGGGACGCAUGUUGGGAUCCCAUCGAGGAGAGCCACCGUGUUCUUCUGGAGCAUGUUCUUCCGAUGACGGCUUGGGUUGCUGGUCAUGACGAGGCUAUGAAGCUUCUCGCUGGCUCGUGAGACUCUUUCAUGUUGGACCACGUUUAGUCAAGAUUCAACUCAAUACCCUACAUUCGUUAUAUGUACGCGAUGAAGAAGACCCCUAUAUAUGUGAACUACCAUCUUCAUCCGCUAUCAUAGGAUCUCUUAGUGACUUGCGUACGCCAUUUUUCUUAAAGCAAUG